GAAAAACUGCAAAAGGAAGAAGAAAAGGUUGUUUCUCUCUCUUUGUGUGCGUCUGGGUGAGUGGCUGCGCCCUGUCUUGCCGGCCAUCUCGUCGGAAUUUCAGUUAUUGAUUUUCCGAUCACCGGAUUCGAUCGAAUAUCGAAUCCCUAAUUGUGCGAUAAUUGUUUGUUUCAUCAAUUGAAAUUGAAUAGGCAUUCAAUCGUUUUGGGGGUGGGGUGAUGGAGAUGGAAGAUUACGCGAGCAGCGACGAGGAUUACCAUUACGACUCCGAUCAAGAUGACUCUGUCGAGGCCUACGAAAACGACGAGGAUUACGCGUUGCUCUCUUCCAAGGGUCCCACAACUAAGGUGAUUACAAAGGAAUCACUUUUAGUUGCACAGAAGGAGGAUUUGCGCAGAGUAAUGGAGAUGCUAUCGGUAAGAGAGCAACACGCUCGUACACUGCUAAUUUAUCAUCGUUGGGAUGUGGAGAAGUUGUUUGCAGUAUAUGUAGACAAGGGGAAAGCAUUUCUCUUUGGCGAGGCUGGUGUUACUGUGGAUGAACAUCCCGACUCUGACUCAUCCCUUCCUUCUACAGUAAUGUGCUACAUCUGCAUGGAGGAUGUUGCUAGGGUCGAAACAACAAGAAUGGAUUGUAGCCAUUGCUUUUGCAACUCCUGUUGGAUUGAGCAUUUUAUUGUCAAAAUAAAUGAGGGUCAAAGUAAACGUAUUAGAUGCAUGCAACACAAGUGCAAUUCCAUAUGUGAUGAAGCUGUGGUUAGAACUUUACUCAGUAGAAAGCACCCUGAUAUGGCAGAGAAAUAUGAACGCUUUCUUCUUGAAUCUUACAUUGAAGACAAUAAAAGAGUUAAAUGGUGUCCCAGUACACCUCAUUGUGGGAAUGCAAUACGGGUUGAGGAUGAUGAAUUGUGUGAGGUAGAAUGUUCAUGUGGUUUACAGUUUUGUUUUAGGUGCUUGUCAGAAGCACACUCACCUUGUUCAUGCCUGAUGUGGGAGCUUUGGGCUAAGAAGUGUCGAGAUGAGUCAGAAACUGUUAAUUGGAUAACCGUUCAUACAAAACCAUGCCCAAAGUGUCACAAACCAGUGGAGAAGAAUGGUGGUUGUAACUUGGUUAGCUGUAUCUGUGGUCAAGCAUUUUGUUGGUUGUGCGGUGGAGCUACUGGCAGAGAGCAUACUUGGUCAAGUAUAGCUGGUCAUAGUUGUGGUCGCUACAAAGAGCAAGAAAAAACGGCAGAACGUGCAAAGAGGGAUCUAUAUCGGUAUAUGCAUUAUCAUAACCGAUAUAAAGCUCACACAGACUCCUUUAAGAUUGAAAGCAAACUGAAAGAAACUAUACAAGGGAAGAUUGCCAUAUCAGAAGAAAAAGAUUCUACACUCAGAGAUUAUAGUUGGGUAAAUAAUGGUCUCUCCAGACUUUUCAGAUCUAGGAGAGUCCUAUCCUAUUCCUAUGCUUUUGCAUUUUAUAUGUUUGGAGAUGAGCUUUUUAAGGAAGAAAUGACAGAAGCUCAAAGGGAAAUAAAACAGAACUUAUUUGAGGAUCAACAGCAGCAACUCGAGGCAAAUGUUGAAAAGCUCUCUAAAAUUUUGGAGGAGCCUUUUGAAACCUUUUCAGAUGAUAAGGUUGUGGAGAUAAGAAUGCAGAUUCUCAACCUAUCAACAAUUAUUGAUAAACUUUGUCAAAAAAUGUAUGAGUGCAUCGAGAAUGAUUUAUUGGGUUCUCUCCAUCUUGGCAUUCACAGUAUCGCACCAUACAAGUCAAAGGGCAUCGAGAGGGCUUCAGAACUUUCAGUUUGCUGGAACAACAAAGUAAAUACUGUUUGACUUUGUGGAUGCCAUCAGAAAUGUUACUGAGUGAAAAGGAUUAUUGUAUAUAUGCUGCAAGCGUAGGUGUAACUGCUGAACUUGAUCGGGCUUCCGGAUCAGGGAGUUCAGAUGAUAAUGGAUGCUCUUCUCGUAAACGUGCUAGAAAAGAUGGUCUUGGAGGUGGUUUUUUUGAUCUAAACUUGCCAGCAGAGUUUGUAGACAGAAAUUGACUUUGAAGAAGGACACACCUUAUAUACGUACAGGCGUACAGGUCUAACAUAAAUUGCUUUGCUGCUUUUGGAAGGAAUUAAUCUUUUUGGAUUUCUCACCCCAUUCGCUUUCACCCAUGUCUCUCUCUCUCUCUCUCUACUCUACUCAGAUAUAUGUUUCUAAAGUUUAUUAUUCCGACGCCAUCUCUAUCUUUCUGUCUGAAAUUCUAGCGCUGUAUAUAGAUAGCCUUGGGGCAUUUAUUUGCUAGUAGUUUUAUGUAAAUGGCUACCUGCGUUUCUAGCAAACACCUUUCAGGACAUUUUCUAGGUUCCUUUUAUUCCUAUCUUAUCAAAUCAUAGGUGGAGGUAACUUCACUCAUUUUUAUUGUUUUA